AUGGAUGCUGUGGCGCUGGGAGCUUCGGGCACUUCCACCAUCGCGCUCGUACGCUCUGCCGAUGCUCCAGGCCAUGAGCGCAGACUGCUCGAGAUCCGUGGGCAAUUUCCAUGCCAGAGCACCGUGUCCAUGAACCCAGGGCGGGCAGCGCAGGGCGAGCUACCAGGCCGCGUUCAUUCCGCACGGCCAGACCAUCUCGCCACGCACACUCAAGGGGCGGCGGCCAUCUCUCGCGCCCCGGCUCUGCCCACUGCUGGCCCCCCUUCUCGCAUCUUGUUUAACGAUAUAUUCAAAGUAGCCCACCAACCUCCGGUUCCUUCAGAUCUAAUCCGGCUAGUCUACGAGGCGCCGAACGAUCGACCCUCCGUAGUGGGGCUUCCUCUCCCCGUUCAUGACCCUCCGAGUUCCCAUGUCCCAAACCAAGCCGGACCAGGUGUGGACCCCAAGCUUGCCAACGCCCCCGACAACACGUUGAAAUUGUUCUCUACCUCGACUCAGCUCCCUCCUAUGAAGAUUGUCCAACCGUCCAUGACCUUUCCUCUGACAGACCCUUCCUUUGCCGGCAGCUCGUACGGUCUCGCUGAGUCGACUGGCAGCUUGAACCCUCAUGUGCCCAUGGGAGGCCCUCCCAUGGUAGGGUUGAACCAGGCAUCGUGGGCACGCAUGGACGUGGAUAGCUCGCACACGGGCUCAUACGGAUAUUCAGGGACUUUCCAACAGCAAGACUCUUCAUCCUCUUCAGACUGUUUGUCUCUGGAAGACGACCCGUUGAUGGUUGAGAACUUGCAUCGGUUCCCUCCCCGGAUGCCAACUGCUCCACCGUUCGCCAGUAGAUCUUCUGCCCGGAAAAAGAUCCAAUCCUGGGUCUCGGCUCACAAAAUGGUAGGCACCCAAGAGCCAGGCCCUACCGACUCUCGAGACAACGCAUCCUCUGAAGACGCGUCGUCAGAAGCAUCGGACGGGUCAUACGCAAGCUCCCAGAUGGAUUUCGAGGAGCAAUGGCGCCUCCUAAACAAGAAGAGGAAACGAGUGUGGGAUCUCAGAGCUAUCAUAGCCGAGAAGAGAAGGGGCAUAAAACCACUGCGACAACAAAUGACAAAUGCUGAUAACGCAUUUAUGAAUGCCUUCCGUCCUUUCAUGGUCGACAAAAUAGCUCUACAGAAUGAGGAUGCAUCCCAAUACGACACAAUGUUUGCAGAAUUGCAGCGGCUUCGCACAGAGUUACAGGAUCUCGAAAUCAGCUGCGAGGAACUCGUUGAUGAAGUUAGCCAGGAAGAAGAGCUGCUGCAACGGAUAGAAUUUCGCUUUUUCAGCCUUCUGGCCGGCGACGACGGUGAAAUGAGUGACGGCUCUUCGUCUGAACACGACGACUCCCUCAUCAAUGAUCUACCAGACGAGUUGCUCGGCAUCUCUCCGGAUAGGCCCUUGGAAGACUGUCAUCCUCUCUUCUAUCGGCUUACUUUGGCCGUGGCAAGCCUACAUAGCGCUGAAGAAGAAGUCACCUCCUUGCAAUCUAUCAACAAAUUCUGUGAGGACAAAUGGAUUGAGAGGAGUCGUGGACAAAAAUUAGCGAGAGAAAUGGCCGACUUUCUCGUCGAAUACCCUACUUUGGUCAAGACCAAAAAGGCGGAGCUUGACGAGUGUCGCCAAGAGGUUAGUCGGCUUCGUGCCAUGUGCGAGGAACAGCAAGCAAUGGCCAAACAUCUCCCAGUUCGCCUUGAUCUUGCCCUUAAUUCCGACGUGGAUCCCGAAGACUUGGACCUUCCCGAUGACGAAACAAUACUGCGGGAAUAUAGGACAAUGCCUCCAUCAAGGUUUUCAGAGAUCCUGUCUCAACCCGAUCAUUUACUUGCCUUGCCGGAGCCGCUCACCGCAGAAGCAGCAAAGAAGGCUGCGGAUCAGUUACCGGAUAACAAUCCCGACAAAAUGAGGAGGGUUCAUCAUGCUACGAAAGAGUUGGAAAUUGAAAAUUUAUCACUAUUUGGAGAUGAAGAAGACGACAAGAAUAACAACAUCAACAGAUGGCUACUGCAUAAUCUUAGAUCGUCGCCUCUAGAUGCCUCCUUGCUUCACUCUGUCUUUGUGACAACACAAGGGCUGCGUAUCCUGGAUCCGCAACGAUGGCAACGCGAUGUUCUCUACUACUGGUGGAGAGACAAGAUCCCACGGAUCACAAAUUUUACCGAGACUUCAGCUAGGAGAAGCAUAAGCCGAGCAGCAUCGGAAGGGGUCCAUGAGACACAGAUCGGCUACAUACAACGGAAGGCUUACAGCACAAGCUGA